AAUUUCCAUGCAGUUUCCAUGGUGACGUAACUGCUAAAAAGUACCCAGGACUCGUCUUCCUUGAGAAGGUAGUAUAGAAUCUCAUUGCAUAAGAAGUGGCCAUAAAAAUUAAGGUCAUUGUCAAUGGCAACCAGAUUUAUUUUGCCAUGGAAACUCGCAACUUAUUUUUGCGUAGCUAAGACGUUGGUGUGAUAAGACGUUGCCAUGGAGAUUUUCUGCUUUUUAUUUUUUUUAUUGGUGCCAUGGGGGGAAGUCAGGGGAGGUGUUACCACAACGGAGCAGGAGGAAACCACCACGGAGGUUUUUACGACUUUCCCGACCAGCACGCCCACUCUGGGGACUACGCAACUACCCUCUACCCCCACCUGCAUCAUGCGCGGCCACUGCGGCCCCUCCCCCAGUGACCCCUCCCAAACAUUAAAUUGUCUCUAUACAGGACCCCCCCUCCCCUUGGAAACGGGCCCCCUCGAAAAACUCCAGUCCGCCUGCCCUGAACUCGUCGCCAGGGAAGGAGCGAAUCUCUGUUGCGAUGGCGACCAAGUUGACGAUUUAGUGAAUAAUCUUGUCCUCCCGCAGUCAAUUGUGGGGAGGUGCCCGGGGUGCUACCAUAAUUUUAGACUCGCUUUUUGUGAGCUGGCCUGUUCUCCCAGGCAGAGUCGGUUUUUGAAUGCCACCGGGGUGGUGGACUGGGAGGAAAAAAAGCAAAUCACGACCCUCACCGCGCACAUCUCCACCGAGUACACCACCUCCACCUACGAGUCCUGCCGCUCUGUGAUAAUGUCCUCCACGAACGGGCCCGCGAUGGACUUCCUCUGCGGCCCCUGGGGCGCGUACCGCUGCACGCCUGCGCGGUGGUACGACUACAUGGGAUCGACCACCAAUGGGUUCAGUCCUUUCGACAUUAAAUAUAUUUACGUUGGUGAUAACGAGACGAUCCCGGGGGUGGAGCCCAUCUCGGGGGAGACGUUCAGUUGUGGGGUCAAGGUGGGGGGGAGGGCGUGCAGUUGCGUUGACUGCGCGGACGCCUGUCCCGCCGCGCCCGAGUUCCCACCUAAGAAAGAGGAUUUUUUGCUGUGGGGUCGUGAUGGCUGGGACGUUGUCAUGGCAACCGUUUGGUUACUAGGGAGUUUGGUCAUAGUCGUUUUGGUGCUGGUUUUUAGGAGAGAUGGUAAUACGCUUAUUUGCCAUGACGACGGUGAUGGUGACGACAGUAACCAUGACAACGGUGCUAGUGACCUUGGUAACGAUGGUAACCAUGGUAACAACGACGAUAACAACGGUGCUGGUAACGAUGACAACGCUGCUAACAACGACCCUGACAACGACUCCGCCUCACUAAUAAUAACUGACCACACCCCCCACCCCUCCCCCCACAUGCCCACCCUUUUCUCAAAAUUGUCGCAAAAUUUCGAACACCUCCUCCGCACCCUCUUCACCACCAUCGGCACCUUCUCCGCCUCCCACCCCACGUUCAUAAUCCUCCCCACGCUCCUCCUCAUCGCCAUGGCAACCAACGGGAUUCGCCACUUGGAAAUCACAACCAAUCCGGUGGAACUCUGGGCCUCGCCAAACUCACGUUCGAGAAUUGAAAAGGAAUAUUUCGAUAGGAAUUUCGAACCUUUUUACCGAACGGCGCAGAUAAUUAUCACUUCUUUGGAGAAGGAUGCGAGGAUUUGGCACAACACGAGUGAAGGGUUGGAGUCAUUUGGGCCUGUUUUUAGGAUGGAGUUUUUGGAGCAGUUGGUGUGGUUGCAGGAUCAGCUGAAAGGACUUAAGAGUGAAAAUGGAGUGAUGCUAAAGGACAUUUGUUACAUGCCUCUGGCGCCUGGGUUGAAGGAGUGCGUCAUCAUGAGCCCCAUCGAGUACUGGCAAUCGAACCUCACCACCCUCCACACCACAACCCCCACGGACAACUAUCUCGACCACUUCAAAUUCUGCUCCCACAACCCGACCUCCCCAAAAGACUCGACCCAACUCCACCAGUCCUGCCUCGGCUCCUACGGCGGGCCAAUCGACCCCGCCGUCGUCCUGGGAGGCUUCAUCCCAGCGGGCCAACAGCUCCCUCAACUUCCCCACUACUCAAACGCCACCACCGCCAUUAUAACCCUAAUAAUCAACAAUCACUACAAUUCUACAGAAAAUCUCCCCGCACUGGAAUGGGAGUUGGAAUUCAUAAAAUUCAUGAAGAACUACACCUCCCACCAAAACUCGUCCCUAGUAAAAAUCGCCUUUAAUUCCGAACGCUCCAUCGAAGACGAACUCGAGCGGGAAUCCCACGGGGAAAUUUCUACAGUAUUAAUUUCCUACUUUGUAAUGUUCCUCUACAUCGCCCUGUCAUUAGGGGAAUUCACGACGCCUCGCCGAUUUUUCAUCGACUCUAAAAUCACCCUGGGAUUAGCCGGCGUAACCAUAGUUUUAUCCUCCGUCGCUUGUUCUAUAGGAAUCUUUGGAUAUUUGAAAAUCCCCGCCACGCUAAUCAUCAUAGAAGUCAUCCCGUUUUUAGUCUUGGCCGUGGGCGUGGAUAAUAUUUUUAUCCUGACUCAAACUUAUCAGAGGAACGCAAAAUUAGACAAGGAGACGGACGCGGAGCACUUGGGGAGGAUCGUGGGGGAGGUGGGACCAAGUAUUUUACUCAGUUCCGUUUCGGAGAGUUUGUGCUUCUUUUUAGGAGGAUUAAGUGACAUGCCAGCUGUUCGGGCCUUUGCUUUUUACGCGGGGUUGGCGUUGAUUCUGGAUUUCUUGCUGCAAAUUACCCUGUUUGUUAGUUUGAUGGCCUUGGAUGGGAGGAGGGCCAGGGGGGAGAGGGUCGAUGUGGUUUGUUGCCUCCGCGGAAGCCCUAAAACCAAAACCUCAACCCACAAGGACUCCACGUUGUACAAGGCUUUUCGAAACUACUACGCCCCGUUUUUAUCCAGGUUUUACGUGCGGAUUGCCGUUUUAGUGGUGUUUUUGGGCUGGUUCUGCUUCAGUUUCAGCCUGUUACAUAAGGUCAGCGUCGGGCUGGAGCAGGAGUUGAGCAUGCCGGAGGAUUCCUAUGUUUUGGAGUAUUUUCGCUCACUAAACUCCUACCUCUCCAUCGGCCCCCCAGUCUAUUUUAUAGUAAAAUCCCCCUACAACUACUCCUCCCCCUCCUCCCAAAACCUCAUCCGGGCCGGGUCCAACCCCCACUCUUUAGUUUCCCAAAUAUUUUCCGCCUCGAAAAUCCCGAACGUCACCCUCAUCGCAAAACCCACUUCCAGCUGGAUCGACGACUAUCUGGACUGGGCGGGCAACGCGAACUGCUGCAAGCGGAAUCGGACGGAUGGAGGGUUCUGUCCUAAUUCUGGAGGGAUAAAUUGCGAGCCCUGUGAUAUUGAGGUUGAUCCGGAGGGGGGCGUGGGGGAGGGGGAUUUUGAGAGGUAUCUGAGUUUUUUCUUGAGGGAUAAUCCCAAUGAGGACUGUCCAAAGGGGGGGCAUGCGGCGUUUGGGGGGGCCGUUAAGUAUGAGACGAUGGGGGGGAGGUCCGUAGCGGAGACGAGCUAUUUCAUGACGUAUCAUGGGAUUUUGAAGUCGUCGGAGGACUACACCUCCGCCCUCUCCACGGCCCGCCUCAUCUCCGCCAACAUAACCCGAAUGCUGAACAACAACACUUCCCACGGGCCACACGAAGUAUUUCCCUACUCGAUUUUCUACGUUUUUUACGAGCAAUAUUUGACAAUGUGGAGCGACACGAUAAAAUCCAUGGCAAUCUCCUUGACGACCAUUUUCAUCGUGGUUUUUGUCCUCACGGGGUUCAAUCUCGUGGCUGCGAUGGUUGUCUUGACGACGAUUUUCAUGAUUUUGGUGGACUUGGGGGGGAUGAUGUACUGGUGGGGGAUUUCCCUCAAUGCCGUCAGUUUGGUCAAUCUCGUUAUGGCCGUGGGAAUCUCCGUCGAAUUCUGUACCCACAUCGUCCACGCCUUCCUCACCUCCCCGGAACCCACCCGCCUCUCCCGCUCCCAAGAUUCCUUAAUAAACAUGGGCUCCUCGGUCCUCUCAGGAAUAACCCUAACGAAAUUCGGCGGCAUAAUCGUCCUCGGAUUCGCCAAGAGCCAAAUCUUUCGCGUUUUCUACUUUCGAAUGUAUUUGGGAAUCGUCCUAUUCGGCGCUGCCCAUGGCCUCGUCUUUCUCCCCGUUUUACUCAGUUUCGUGGGGCCGAGGGGGUGGUGGUGAGGGGGAGGAGGGCCUCCAGGGGGGCGGGCUUGGUCUAUGAUCUGAGGAGGGCCAGCUUCGUGCCGGGGUUGGGGCCAAGGGGCUCAGUGUAAUGCGUUACCAUGGAUAAUUUAUAUAAAUUAUUUACGUUUCCAUGGAAAAUAUACGUGACUAUUUCCAUGGAAAAAAAUUGUAUAAAAAUUAAUUUAUUAUAUUUAUUACCAAGACAACUUUUAUACCCUCGUGUGCAAUAAACUUUUAUCUCAAAA